ACUUCAGAUAAAAUAGAUACAGUAACUGUAGGUAGGGGGAAAACAUUGCUUUAGUUCAGGAACCAUGCUAAUAUGUCACAGCCUCCAUGCUCUCGAAAGCAACAAAAAAAAGAAAUUAGCCCUCUGUAUGGCUCUCAAGAAAGUGAACAGUGCAAGUGAUAGUGCUACUGGGAAUCCAAAUUGUAAUACUGCUGAGAGAAAAAAAAAGAAUCAAAUAAUAGCUAAAGUAAAACAUGAGAAUGGCGUUUGUGUUUCUGAUCUCGCCACGCAGUUUAGUUUUGUGUAAUCUACCGUCUGUACUAUUGUUAAAAACAAAUGGACAAUAAAGGCUGCUCAUGUGGCUAAAGGAGUGACUGUUUAGGCCUCGAAUUAUAGAAGAGGUAGGAAAAGUAUUGUGUGGAUAAAUGAAAAAGCUUGCUUAGUGUUAGUGAGGCUAUACAGUAUAUGAGUAAGCUGAGGUACGAACAUUCCGGAUUCAUUUGAAUAGAACUACGCACCACACUUUUCGGAUUAUAGUCGCGUAAAAACCGUAUAUCAGUUUCAUUCCACUUCGCAACUAUGUGCAGCACAACACAACAACGCGGCGAACAGCAUGUCGCCACGGCAACAGCAUGAGACAGUAUGAAAAGCUUUUAAUAGCUUUUCAUCUUCAAUAUGUUUAGAUGAGACAGCCAAAGUUUUGAAGUCGAUCGGAUAACAUUUGUUGUAAAGGGGAAAAAUAGGUAGGAAUUUGAAAAUGAAUGAAAAAAUGGUCAACUUCCUGUUGAGUUUAGGGUAUGGCACCAAGUAGUGCUGCACGAUUAUGGCCAAAAUAAUAAUAACGAUUAUUUUGAUCAAUAUUGUAAUCACUAUUAUUCCUCAUGUAAUCUUGUAACAGUUUAUUAAAAAAUAUUCUUUAAAUAAGACAAAAUCAGAAUCAUCUGUAUUUGCCAAGUACCUGUAUGUCAAAAACACACAAGGAACUUGUCUCUGGUAGUUGGCGCCGCUCCAGUACGACAACAGACAGCCAUUUGACAGAAAUACUUAAGAGACAUAGAAAAACGAAAAAGAAAACACAGUACGGAGAGUCACUGAGCAAUGGAAGGUUACCAGUAAUGUGGUAAUGCUGAUAGAAUUAUUUUUUUUUGACAAUUGUGGAAAUGAUGCAUAGUCCUCUAGCAAUUUAGAGCAGUUUAAAUGACUAAUUGAGUGAUAAUCUGUUACAUUGACCAUUGUGCAAAGGGCACAGUUUAAAGUGACUAGUAGUGCAAUAGUCUGGAACAAUGUCAAUUGUGCAAAUGGUACAGAUACUACUCAAGCACAUGAGUGGCCAGUAUUGGUCAACAACAGAUAUGCAAAUAGUGAAGAGUGGCGAGAGUACUACAGUGAGUGCACAAAAAAUGUAUAAUUGGCCUGACAGAGAUGUGACAACAAUCUUAAAACAAAAUUGGCAGCAUGUAACAAUGAAAUUGUAAGUUAACUGUUGAAGAAGUAGUUAAUGGCAAGCGGAAAGAAGCUGUUGGAAUGUCUGCUGGUUUUAGUUUGCAUUGUUCCAUAGCGCCUAUCUGAGAGAAAAAGCUGGUGACCAGGAUGUGGAGAGUCCAAGAGGUCUCGACGGUUGACACAAGGCAGUUGGACAGCGUGAGGGGAAGCUGUGGCGAAUGUUGCCUCCUGAAGUCCACGAUCAUCUCAUCUCUACAGUCUUGAGCGUGUUCAGCUCCAGGUUGUGUCGGCCGCACCACAGCUCCAGCCGCUCCACUUCCUGUCGAUACGCAGACUCGUCACCGACUUUGAUGAGGCCGAUGACUGUGGUGUCGUCUACAAACUUCAGGAGUUUGACAGCCGGGUGCGUUGAGGUGCAGUCGUUCGUUAAGAGAGAGAAGAGCAGCGGAGAGAGGACACAACCUUGGGGCGUCCCGGUGCUGGUCGUGCAUGUGGUUGAGGUAGUGUCCCCCAGCCUCACCUGCUGUGUCCUUUCCGUCAGGAAGCUCUAAACCCACUGGCAGAUGGCAGGCGAGACACUGAGCUGGAGAAGCUUGGAGGAGAGGAGUUCAGGGCUGAUGGUGUUGAACGCAGAGCUGAAGUCCACGAACAGGAUCCUCGCGUAGGCCCCCGCACCGUGGAGGUGUUCUAGGGUCAAGCGCAGUCGCAUGUUGCCUGCGUCAUCACAGAGAUGUUUGCUCGGUAGGCAAGUCGUCACCUAGUCCUUUAUUGUUCUCUGCUUGGGGGGAUGGUCACUUGUAGUUGGUUAGCGAUUUGAAUCCACGCCAGACUGAUUUAGAGUCGUUCGCAGUAAACUGUUUUUCCUCCUUUUCUGCAUAAUUUCUCUUUGCAAUGUUAAUUUCUUUCAUCAGCUGGUUUCUAGCGCGAUUAUACAGGGCCCCAUCCCCACUUCGAUAUGCGUCCUCUUUAGCCUGGCGAAGUUGCUUAAGUUUGACAGUGAACCACGGCUUGUUGUUGUUGAUCGUGCGAAAUGUCUUUGUUGGUACUUGCACACCUUCACAGAAACUGAUAUAGGAUGUGACACAGUCCGUGUAUUCAUCUAGGCUGCCAGUUGCCACCGACUUUUCAUUUGAAAAUCCCCGUCGUCAAUAUAGUGAAUUGUCAAGGAAGGGCACGUCUCCGUUAUUCUGCUUGACCAUUGGUCAGUCGUGUACGGUCACAAACUGCAAAGUUCUUGACAGUUGUGUUUUCCCUCUCUAUUUACUUUGGUGUUUUUUCAUUGCUGUCAGGCAAUAAUGUAAAAACUUGGGCACUGUUUGUUUUUUUGCGGGAAAAAUUUGUUAGUCUGGUAAGUCUGUCUUGGUGACCUUUCACACUGCCAUAACAAAGCUGUAGUACUGAAAUGACCCAGGGUGUCUGUGUGUGCAAGUGUAACUUAUCCGGCUUUUGACUUCAUGUACUGACAUAACGCUAUGAUUUAAUAAUUUGGCAUUUGUCGUGGAUAUUUUCUUAGUAAUAAUGUAAGCAUCAAAAAAACAAUUCACCAUUCAAACUACAUUUUUUGGAACCCUAUCCAUUACAUCAUAGAAGCAUUUAAGAAGAUGAUUUCUCUUUAGAUGGGGAUAGGGGAACAUGACACCCAGGCAGAUGUUUAAUUAGCAGUGGAAUGUACACAUCUAGGAUGAAGUAACAUAAUAAAGCCAAUGAUAUUGUCAGAUUGACGCUGCCAAUUGGAAAGAGGGGACAUUGAAGAGGGAAAAAAAGACUCGGGUUGCUCCCCUUCAAUAGAGUAACACUGCGUAACCACUAGGGUUGGGCAUCGUUUGAAUUUGAGCGAUUCAUUUCGAUUGCGGUUCCAAACGAUUCUCGAUUCUGAUUCUUUUAGGGGGCUGGAUCAAAAAAAGUUUGCAUGGUUCAAAUAAGGGGUGUCUAAAUUAUGAACAUCCAUUUUCUUAGCAGCCCGCAGCACAGAGUAAAAUGAACAUUUGACUCAGGGUUUUUGAUAACUAGUGUGUGUGUAAGUAACCCAAUUGACAUAAUAUUCAUUAAUUAAUCUUCCAGCUAAAAGUAAAAUUUACCAUUGUUAAAAUAGUUAUUUGUGACUGUUUUGUCACGUCAAAUGGUUUAUAUGUGCAAGUUUUAACGUGACUUCCUCUUUUAAGCAUGUAGCAUUUUAUUUUGAAGGGUACUUACCGGAACUCAGCAUUUUGACACCAAAGCUAACCUGACACCGGUGAAAGCGAAAGCAAAACGAGACGGCAUGAAAAAGAGUCAUGAAUGGAACCAAAUGCUCUGUAAAACCUUGAUUCCUUUACCUACCCAUCGAUGGGGCAAGGUUACUGUUUGUGAUACUGUGAGACAAAUUUUAUGUGAAUUUUCAUUUUGAUGUGAAGUUGCUCGUUUGACCUUUGGUGAAGUUUUAGCUCAAUGUUCAGAUUGUAAUGCGACUAUGUUAUUUGCAGUAUGUUAAAUUAAUUUAUAUUUAAUUUUUGUGUCUGUCAUCAGCUCUUACGUUGGUUUGAAGACCAAAAUGAACGCUAAACACCAUCAGUGCAAGAGUGCAACCCACCGUUUAACUUGUUAGUUGCCUCAGGGUUGGCUUAGAUGUAUUUUAGUGUUUCAAACUCACCCAGUUGACUUCACUGAAGUAGGCUGAGGCUCGGAGUGGGAGGGAGCACGUCAGACUUCUACACAUCGCGAAAGCCUCCUUUGCACAAUAUAAUCUUAUUCCAAGUGUUACACUGAGGCGACUGGUCAUUUAUUUUAACAAAGUUAAGACACACUUUUCUUCACCGCCGCCGUUGGCCACGGGGUCGGCGGACUGUAGGUAUCGAAACUGGGAACCAAAACUUUUUAAUUUGAACGAUUCCGGGAGAACCGGAAUGUUAGUCCUGGUUCCAAUCGGUUCUCAAUUCUCGAUGCCCAACCCCAGUAACCACUACCCAGUAGCUACAAGAUGGUUUAAACUUACACUGGGCUUCUCAUCCCCAGUGUGCUUUAAUAACUGCUCUUGUCACAAUGAGCUUUGAGCAUUGAGUUAGCGUUGGUAAUGGGAGGUGACAAAUAAUGUUUAUUAAGUUCUCAGUGGCCAGAGACAAUUAAAAAGUUACCAUGUAGCUGUUAAGGGUUAUUUUCAAACACCCGCUGACUGUUUUAUGGUACUCUUGCAGGUUACGAUGGGAAUAGAUUUGAGAGCCCAAAUAAAACAAAGAUAUCUAUUCUCGCUGUUUUGUUUAUUUUCUCCUGGAAAUAAGACCAGUUGAGCAACAGCGGUCGCUGCUCCGGCCCUAAUAAUUUGGUCUGGGGCUAGAAUGGAUCACUGUAAUUCAAUUUUCAAGCCGAUGGUGAGUCAACUGCAAUCUUCCUUACUUGAAGAGACUUAGCGCGAUACUCCGACAUGCGACCCCCCCCCCCCCCCCCCCCACUAUCCUCGUUGUCUUUGUGCUCCGCUCUGUAGCCCUCCCUCCAGUUUGUUUAAAAAGUAACCCCACCUGAAACCUGGGCCCGACCAAUGAGCUGCGGAGAUGUCAGCGCCUCCUUUGUUCGAAACCAAUCAGAGUGGAAGUGCGGCAUGUUGCCCGAGGGGGAGAACUUAGGGCUGCCUGCGUUAAUCACGCAUCACUUAGCCGUUGCCAAUGUGUUCACGACGCGGGACCCUCUUUGGGGCUUUUCACGGCGACUCUCCUCAUUUCUUGAGCUCGUCUAGUAUGGAAAGUCGACAACAAUGGCUUACCAGGCUGAAAGAUGAACUUAGCAACAGUCCGCUGGUUUCCAACGUGGCGUUCGGCUUCAUUCUCAUGGGACUGGAGAAGCUGGUGGAGCUGGAGUUCGAGUGUCCGUGCAACCCAACGUGGAACGGCGUGUUUUCGUCCGCCUUCUUCAUCAUCCCGGCCGUCAUGGCCUUCACCUUGAUGCUCAUCAUCCAGGGGUGCCGCUGCGACGCGUGGUGCCACCGGAGCGUCUCGCUCUCCAGCGUGGUGCCCGCCGUCGUCUGGCUCAUUUUGCUCUUCCUGGACGGACAGUACUUCGCCUGCGCUAUGACAGACUGGGAGGGUAGGUUUGUGCUGGUGGACAGGGCGGCUCCGCAGAAGUGGUGCGAACCAAUAAGUGACGGAGUUGUCCCCCAGCAAGAGCUCAUGCUACGCUCGCAGCAGCUCUUUGUUUUCUCUCAGGUUCUAGGAAUCGUCCUGCUCAUUGUCAUCUGCGUGGGUCUCGUCGUGUACGUGAUCAGACAAAGUUGCCAACAGGAAGUGGAGGAGCUGCAGGAUGCCGACGUCGCCGAGCUCACCGUCCUGAGAAUGAGCUCUCUGCGGACCAGGACAUCUUGAGACCCUUUCCCCAGGAACCCAACCAUACUAAAAUACUGUGGCCACAUUCAGCGGACUCAGACCGCUUGAAGAAGCAAGCCUUAGUUCCCUUGCAAGGGAACUGUGCUGCGGUGUGUUUUAAAGCAUCUAAUACGAACACUACAUGGACCAAAAACAUGGACCAAUGUUAAAAUGGUGGAGAAAAAGGAACUAUUUAGGAGAAAAUAUGAGCAAAAAUGUUUUAUCUGAAUUCUCCUUCCUCGGAUGAUGUAUAAAAAAAAAAAAAAGAAAGAAAAACAAGUACUGUACCUGAUGAAUUAUAAAUGUCACUAUCCACAGGGAUAUAUUCUGUUAAAGAAUUGAAAUGUUUUUUUUCUGAUGGUUUUGUAAUAAAAGAAGUUAUUUUUGUAAUACACAACCAUCAGGGAUUUUGUGCUUAUAGUGUAUGGCAUCAGUGUGGCAAUUUUUUAAUUUCUCACACAAAAAUAGUAAUUUAAAUUCAUAAGAGGGGCUAUUAGGUCAGUGUUGCAGCAGCUAUUUUGUUUUUUAUAUAUUUGCUAGUACUCCCUCUACUGUUUAAAAUUGACCUUUACACAGGGAGAAUACUAAUGAAUACUUCCUCCACUGUUUGCUUAAGGGAAAUAUCACUUUAUACUGUGGUGACAAAGGCGCAUUUAUUUAUAGAGGUUUUUUGCACUCGAGUGCGCUCUCUCGUCUUUGAAAUUUACGCUUCACUUGGGAAAUACAAAUUUAAUUGUGUUUAUAUAUAUAUAUAUAGAGAGAGAGAGAGAGAGAGAGAGAGAGAGAGAUUGAUGACUGUAUUUAUUUAUUUACUAAUCCACCCAUAUUCUACACCGCUUAGCCUCAUAAGGGUUGGAGGGGAGUUGUACCCUAUCCCAGCUGACCUUGGGCAAUUUUUGCCAACCAGUCGCGGUUAUUUAUUUGUUUGUUUAUUUGUUGAUGUAUUUAUUUUUUAUUGUGCUGCAGUACUCCAUCUCCCUUUUCAGUUUGAAUUUUACACCAGGGAAAAACACAUAAAUAGUAAUGCAGAAAAAACUACUGUAAAUCACCCAGUCAGUACUCCUGCCACUUUUUACAAUGGCCCUCAACACCAGGGAAAUGCAAAUUAACAAUAAAAAACUUUUUUUUGCCCUUCA